AUGGCUCGCGCCCUUUCAUUGAUCGCCCUGGGUCUGCUUUUUUCCCUGCCUUCAACUUCGGCGGUCAGGACCAAAGUACCAGGGGAUGAGCCUUCCGGUCCGGAUUCUGCCCUUACCGCCGGUAGUCCGACUAGGGGCAACCACGGUGUAGGCGGAUUUGCUGAAGCACAUUGCAAUAGACUAACUGUUCGCGGAGGUCUUCAAGAGAAGGAAGCAGUGAAAGUUACUGCCAAUGGAUGGGGGAAAGGUGACGCAGACUUCUUUGUUGAGCUGGUUACUGAUAAUACUCGGGGCAUGCUUCAGAUAAGAGAAUCACAGACUGAAGCGGGACCAGGGUUGGCUGGAGGGGGCGGCCAGGAAGGGGGUAGUACCGAAGGGAGUAAAACUGAUGAAGGGCCCGUUAAGGAACAGCCAUCCAUUCCCAUUGUUGGUGUCCGCAUUCCUGGUUCCGCAAAUGAAAAUGGGGAAUCACGUAAACCGGCCGUGUUGGUUUACGGGGAAGGUGAGUCUGCUCCGAAAGAAUUUCCUUUGGAUUCUCCAGCUGGGCCGACAUCACCUUUCAUGGUCGUCCUUCAACAGAAAUCGCCAACAGAAAUGACUGUGCGGCUUUUUACAUGGAUACCAAACGGAAGUGGUGGAGACGGUUCAUGGCACGAGACGUUUGUAGAUGUUGGCGUUGGGAUCAACCAUCGCGACGUUAUGGUCGUUGUGAGCGACUGCGUCCCGCAUAGCCUUAGAAUUUACGGUUCAUCAUCUGCAGAUUUAGUGACGGGCGACGAGAAGACCUGUCAGGCAACUGAGCCGCAGUUAGUGAAUCUGACUUCACCUCCCGAAAACAGAACCCAUCCAGGUGCCGAGACAUCAACCACAACAUCGGUCAGCUCCUAG